AGCGGUGUCUCGCUUCACGCCACCGCGGCCCCUUCGCUUUGGCUGCAGUGAUGAGAUCCACACAACAAACACAGCGCAGGCGGUUUCGUGAAUGCGCGUAGAGCGCUUUAAACGCACAGCUUUCUAAACAACGCCGUAAACAUUUGUUGCCAUUUGUUUUUUAUCUACCCAUUUGAUAAUCGACCCUGCUGAUGCUGUGAUAUUUACAUAUAUCACAUCUAUACUGCGUAUCUGUUAGUGUAUCUCACAUCUGUGAAUACCAUCGCUUCGAAACUGCAUAAAGGAAACAAUGUCACCUGGAAACACGAAUGCAGCAGGCACAAGUUAAGGAGAUCAUACAGGAACACUAAGCCAGGACGAAGUGAAAAACAGUAGGGCUGUCCAGAAAGGUCACAGCCAUGUUGGAGGAAGACAUGGAAGUGGCCAUCAAGGUGGUGGUGGUGGGGAACGGAGCAGUCGGGAAGUCAAGUAUGAUUCAGCGAUACUGCAAAGGCAUCUUCACUAAGGACUACAAGAAGACCAUUGGGGUCGAUUUUCUGGAACGACAGAUAAUAGUUAAUUCUGAAGAUGUGAGAUUGAUGCUGUGGGACACUGCUGGACAGGAGGAGUUUGAUGCAAUAACCAAGGCUUAUUACAGAGGAGCUCAGGCCUGUGUGCUGGUGUUCUCAACUACAGACAGGGAAUCAUUUGAGGCCAUCAGCAGCUGGCGAGAGAAAGUCGAGAUGGAGGUUGGGGACAUUCCUACAGUCCUGGUGCAGAACAAAAUCGAUCUGCUUGAUGACACGGUUAUCAAAAAUGAAGAGGCUGAAGGUCUUGCCAAGAGGCUGAAGUUGAGAUUUUAUCGGACAUCAGUGAAAGAAGAUCUUAACGUUAAUGAAGUUUUUAAAUAUCUAGCUGACAAAUAUCUGCAACGACUCAAGCAACAAACAGCCGAGGAGACAGAGGUGAUUCAUACAUCCAGCAAUAAAAUAGGUGUUUUCAACACUACCAGUGGUGGCCACUUGAAUCAUUCCAGCGAUCUCAACGGCCGUGAGGUCGUAAACCUGCGACCAAACAAACAGAGGACCAAGAAGACAAAACACCCUUUCGGUAGCUGUCGAUUGCUUUAAAAUGAUUUUCGGUACCACUCCACUGCCUGGUUUAAAUUGAUGAUCCACAAUGAUUGAUGAACACUAAUGUACACAAAUUCACUCUUAAUGUCCAGAGCAGAUGUGUCUGUGUUCUGUGGUCACAUCUGUCCAUUUCAUCCUGUACGUGUCAUCGACUGCAGAUGACUCUCUUGUCUUAUCAUGCCACUAAAAAGCUGAAGAUUUAGGAGCUACAGCCCUCUGGUGGCAGCAAGUGCUUAAAACAACAGUUUAAAAUUAGAUGCUAACUUCUCACUUUCACCCAAUAGAAUAGCCAUAGUUGAAUUAAACAGGUAGUCCUGACCCAAACUCACACCUUUAGCUGUUACGCCUCUGGUCCUGCUCAACAAAUAAAUGGCGUUUACUUUUGGUGCAGGAAUUAAGCAGGCAGACUGAAAGAGAUUUUUCCUGAUAUAAUAUUAAGUAGGUGUUUGACUAUUAAAAGUGAAUUUAACCGAACCUAUUUUUAUACAAAACACUAAAAGUUACACCUGUUUGAUCACUCCCUAUCCUACAAUUGUGGCUCAAUAUUUAAAGUGAUGGUAUAUAUAUUUUGUAUGUUUCUAAGAUGUGCAUUAUGUCAUGUGGUUCACAGCAGGGUAAUGUUCAAAUGUUACACAAAUGAGAUUACCUACAAAAGAAAGGUGAUUUACAUGACACACCAUUUGUGCAUUUCGACUGUUUUUUGUGCAGUACGUUUGAAUUGAUGGAGAUCCACAAUCUUUCAGUGAAAUUUAAUUGUUGUACCUUGAAAAUUUUCACAAACUUUGUUCUUUUAGGUAUUUUUCUAUAAAAAAAUGUAGGAGAGUAAUAACUUGCUUUAAUUCAUUACAUUAACACCGUGCCAAAAUGUUUCUAAACUCGAAAAUGUAAAUAGUGUUAGUACAUCGUUGUCAGAUUUCUGAAAUAGUUCAAAUGAAAUUGACAUCUUUGAAAAUGCAUUACAUAAACUCAUCGGAAACUUUUCUUAUUUUAAGAAUAAACCAAAUGUAAACAAUAUAAAUUUAAGAGAUGUUUGCAUUGUUCUGCCCGACAUCAUUGCAUAAACAAACUGUUGUGUUGCUUACAUGUCAAAUAUAACUUUUCAUUGAUAUAAUUUCAGACACAAGCUUAUUGCAUCCGUUAUAUUAGAUAAACAACUGAAAUAUAUAUAUAUAUUGUUAUUGACUGGAAAGUAAAUACACAAACUAACAUUACUAUCAACUUUCAAUAAGCACCAUAAAAUACACUAAACAUUUAAAAAUUCACAUACUGUAAGAGUUAUCUUGUGUUUAUUGCACUGAAACAAGCUAAACUAGCCAUUCAAAGCCUUAACCACUAAAGCCAUUAAAAAUAAAUAAAAUAAAAGUUAACAUUAAGAGAAAAAAAUAUUAAAUAUUUGUUUAAAUGAUGUGCUAAUAGUACACACUAUCAAAGAAAUAAUAAUCAUAAAUUCUUUAUAUAUAAAUAAACUGCAGCACAUAUGGUGCUUAUAAGGAGCAGUUUUCUGGACAAAGUUUAAGUCUAGACCCCUCUCUUAACUAAAGACAUAUUUUAAAAUAUAUCAGUGCCAUGCUUUUAUCUCAAGAUGCACACCAGUAGUUUUUUAUAAGGUGUUUGUAAAAACUACUUGUACUAAACCUAAUCAUUGCUCAAUCUAAACCCCGUCCCUAAGUGAAUCAGUUGGUGGUACAGAAUUGUCCCUCCAUUGCUGACAGAUUUGCUGGUAAAUAAAAACGACCCAUUUAAACUAGUUUAACUGGACAUAUUUUAUCCUAUAUGUAAUUCCAUUUGGCUUCCUUAUUGACUGAUUGUAUUUAUACAUGAAACGCAUGCCUUGCAUCUGUUUGUAUGAAUGUGGUGUCAUGGUACUUUGCUACAAUGGCAUUCAUGUUUACAGCUCUCAUCUGCUUUCUUAUACAUAAUCCAUUUUCUCUUAAUCUGUUAUUUUUAUGUAUACGAUUAUGAUUUUCACAUUUGCUGCAGAGGAAUGAACUAAAAGCACUUUAUUAUCUGAUAUCAUUCAUUAUCAGUUUAUUGCUAUAGGGUUAUAAUCUACUGUUGACUGCUUAUACAUUUCCUCUUUAUUAUUGUUCUUACUGAUGUAUACUGUACAUGACUUCUAGUAAAUAUGUAAAUGGCAGCAUCACAUCAGCAGCAGUGUCAUUUCACUUAAUGAUUAAAAGAUGAAGUCCUCAUCUGAUGGAUUAUUUUGUGUACCACACACUUCUUUAGGUGAUACUUUGCUGUGUUUUUGGUUUUGUAGGAUGGUUGUCAAAGAGGAAAAUAAAGGAUCUAUUGUA